AUGUUUACACACUUCGUAGACCGAAUUGAUUCUCUCCCUGCUCAAAGGCUGGCCUCUUGGAAGAAUGAUGAUCCUGCAGAAGCUGCUCACUGCUUCAGUUUUUCUGAAAUUGAAAAUGCUACAAAUAACUUUGAGAAAAAUAUUGGUGCUGGUGGUUUUGGAGUUGUCUACUAUGGGAAGCUAAAAGAUGGAAAAGAGAUAGCAGUUAAAGUUUUAACCAGCAAUUCAUAUCAAGGCAAGCGAGAGUUCUCCAAUGAGAGUACUAUUCUAAACAAGAACGGCAUUACAGAGUUUUGGCUUAUGGACUGGAACAAAGCGCUUCUUGGUUAUUGUCGAGAUGAAGAGAAUAGUAUGCUUGUUUAUGAGUUCAUGCAUAAUGGCACUCUCAAGGAAAAUCUUUAUGGUCCAUUAGCGAAUGGUCGGAGUAUCAAUUGGAUUAAGCGCCUUGAGAUAGCUGAAGAUGCUGCCAAAGGGAUUGAAUAUCUUCAUACGGGUUGUGUUCCUGUCGUUAUCCAUAGAGACUUAAAAAGCAGCAACAUUCUUCUCGACAAGCACAUGAGAGCCAAGGUUUCUGAUUUUGGUCUUUCAAAACUUGCUGUUGAUGGAGUCUCCCAUGUUUCAAGCAUUGUUCGGGGAACCGUAGGAUAUCUGGAUCCUGAGUACUAUAUUUCCCAACAGCUGACAGACAAGAGUGAUGUUUAUAGUUUUGGUGUAAUUCUCCUUGAACUCAUGUCUGGUCAAGAAGCAAUAUCAAAUGAAAGCUUUGGUGUAAAUUGCCGAAACAUAGUUCAAUGGGCAAAAUUACACAUUGAGAGUGGAGAUAUACAAGGUAUCAUUGAUCCCUUGUUGCAUAAUGAUUAUGACCUACAAUCAAUGUGGAAAAUAGCAGAGAAAGCAUUGAUGUGUGUUCAGCCUCAUGGACAUAUGCGACCAUCAAUUUCAGAAGUUCUAAAGGAGAUCCAAGAUGCCAUAUCUAUUGAGAGACAGGCAGAAGCAUUAAGAGAAGGGAAUUCAGAUGAUAUGUCAAAAAAUUCUUUUCACUCUUCCUUGAACUUGGGUUCAAUGGAUCUAGGUGGAACUGAGAGUUACCUGUCAAUUGAUGAAUCAGUUGCACAGCCAACAGCAAGAUAG